AUAGCCAUGGAAUUCGGCAUGUGCUUUUGUUGACUCCAUUGCUAGCUUUGAGCUUCAUCCUCCCUUAUAAAAAGGGCCUUUUCUUAGGAGCUUGAACGCAUAAAAACAGCCGCCAAAGCCCAAAGAAAUAUGAGAGCCAAGUGCACUCCGAAGAAGCCACAAAUCAUACUGGUUCCAUAUCCAACACAAGGCCAUGUAACUCCCAUGCUUAAGCUAGGCUUAGCCUGCCUUAACCAUGGGUUCCAACCCAUCAUUGUAACCCCAGAGUUCAUUCACCAUCGGAUCGUAGCCAACAUGGACCACAAAGAUGAAGUUAGGUUCCUGUCAAUACCAGAUGGCUUAGACGAAGAGGGUCCUCAUGAUUUCUUCGCCAUUGAGAAAGCUAUGGAGAAUAUCAUGCCAAUACAUUUGGAGAGUCUCAUUCAUAAAGUUGAUGCAGAAGAAGAAGGAGAUGGAGAAGUGGUUUGUAUGGUUAUUGAUUUGUUAGCUUCAUGGGCCAUUCAAGUUGCCAACCGAUGUCGGAUCCCUGCCGCCGGUUUCUGGCCAGCUAUGGAAGCCACUUAUCGGUUGAUCACCGUCAUACCGGACAUGAUCCAGUCCGACCUGAUUUCUGAUACAGGGUGUCCCCAACAUCCUGGAGCCAUUGUCUUCUCCCGAUCGAGUCAGGCUUUACUAUCAACCGAAGAUCUUCCAUGGUUAAUUGGAACCCAAGCUUCAAGAAAAGCAAGAUUCAAAUUUUGGUACAGAACCCUGGAACGUUCAAGAACACUUCGAUGGCUCCUGGUGAAUCCCUUUCCCUAGGAGUAGAUUGAUGAUGAUGAUGAUAUGGUCAUAUCUCUCCAGCUGACAAUCCAAUUGUUUUUCCAGUUGGACCUUUGACUAAAGCUCAAUCAAUGGUGAAGAAUCCUAGCUUUUAGGAAGAAGAUAUUAGCUGCUUAGAUUGGUUGGACAAGCAGAAGCCUAACUCAAGUCAUCUACGUUUCAUUUGGGAGUUGGGUUAGUCCCAUUGGAGACUCCAAAAUCCAAAGUCUGGCAUUGACACUUGAAUCAUUAGGGCGACCAUUUAUUUGGGUGCUGGCCGAUGCUUGGCGACAAGGUUUACCACAUGGGUAUUUGGAGACAGUUUCAGAGCAAGGCAAAAAUUCGACCAUGAAAGCCAUACAAUGCCAGAAACCACUCUGGUGCUAUCCGAUCGCCAGCGAUCAAUUUGUCAAUUGUAAAUAGAUUGUUAAAGUUUGGAAAAUUGGAGUUAAGAUUAAUGGAUUUGGACAAAAAGAUGUUGAGGAAGCUUUGAGAAAGGUGACAGAUGAUGGUGAAAUGAAAGAAAGAUUGAUGAGGCUAUAUCAUAGGACCAUUGGAGAUAAGACUAAUUCUAGAGUUGUAGUUAAUCUCAGGGCUUUUUUUUGGACUCAACCAAGUCCAACUCACAAUUCAAUACCCUAAAAGAUGUUAAACAUUUUAGUUUGUAAUUUUUGUAAGAAGAUACACCAACAAUGCACAAUUUUACCACCGAACUUUGCUCAAAACGUGCAUUUAAAUUGAAUUUUUUUUUGUUUUAAGUUUAAUUUAAAAUUU